UUCAACAAAGAACUCAAACAACUUCCCCAUCGUUACAAGAUUGUUAUUGCUGGGAAUCAUGAAUUGGGGUUUGAGGAUGGUGAGGAUAUUAGUGGGAGAAGGGCAAAUGCUAAUAUGUGGAGGUUGGGCUCUGGAAGCCGUGGAACCCCUCAAGGCUACAAACAUUUAACUGAUUGUAUUUAUUUGCAAGAUUCUUCUGUAAAGGUGGGAGUGUUUGGUUUAUUUAAAAGUCGGUGUUUAUUGAAUUUCCAACUUGUUUUCCGGAAUGUUUGA